AGCUGCAACGCAUUUAUACACAUGUGCAAACUUUGCUCGUGCACGACACUCCCCAGACCUGUGCAGCGUAACACCAUCGACAGUUUUCCAGCAAAACUCAAUUCACCUGUGGAUUUUCCAAGCGUCGCGGAGUAGGACACAAGGAUCUCGGUCCUAAAACUUUUACCCUAAGCUGGAACUCACAAUAGAAGAUGUCUGCUACGGUUCUGUCUUCCAUAUACGAUUUCGACAGGGAAAAGCUCCCAAGUUCAAAUGCAAUCUAUCUCCACAACAUGCUGGAAAAGAGAAAUGUCGGGGUCCCAUUCGCCGCCUCGAAUACUAACAGCAACAGACCUUUUGGUUAUUUCAGGAGUAACUCAACAAACCACAUGGACUUAAACUUGAGCAACCGACUCCAGGUCGGUUUGGAGAGCUCGACACCUGCCUUCAUGAAUAAAGAGAACAAACAUCGCGAGCGCGCGUUCAGUGACACGGGCGAGCGCAGUCAACUUCAGGAACUCCUUCAGCAAAAAGCCGGCUCCCAGAUCAACUCGACCCGCUACAAAACCGAGCUCUGCCGACCUUUUGAAGAAAACGGGACGUGCAAGUACGGUGAGAAGUGUCAGUUCGCCCAUGGCUAUCACGAGUUGAGAAACCUGUCUCGACAUCCGAAGUACAAAACCGAGCCGUGCCGCACAUUCCACACUAUCGGUUUCUGCCCAUACGGCCCCCGGUGCCACUUCAUUCAUAACGCGGAAGAGCGCAGAGCCCCCACCAGUAACGCACAGCCAAGGCUUAACCGGGAGAUUGAACUACAGUCCACGAACCCGUUUAUGACCCAACGGGAAAGACCAAAGCUGCACCACAGCCUGAGCUUUUCUGGUUUCUCCAGUUCCCACGAGCAGGCUUUGAUGGACAGCCCGAUUUCCCGCACGCCCCCGCCGCCCACCUGCGCCCUCGGCUUCUACGAGGACGCGCUCACUCCGACUUCUCCCUGUCUGAACGCGUUCACGUUUCCCGAUCAGGAUCUUAAAGCGUUUCUCGCGCCAAUUAUCACUCAGACUACAAGCGCGUUCACGCAGCAAAACGGUGAUGCUUUGUACGGUAACAUGCGUCCUCCGUCUCCCCCUUUCAAAAUAAACCACCUGCCCUCCAUGCAUCCACUCUCCGAGUCUCCGGUGUUUGAUGCUCCGAGUCCGAGCCCACCGGAUUCCCUCUCGGAUCCCGAGGGAUACCUGAGCGGCUCGUGCUGUUCCUCUGGCACAAUCAGCGGCUCGGAGUCGCCCAGUAUGGAGGCGAAUAGACGUUUGCCAAUCUUCAGCAGGCUGUCGAUUUCAGACGAUUAAUAUGCUUUUAUCCCAGUAGUGCCAACUUCAGGUCAAAUAUGGAAUGAUUGUCAGCUAUUGGUUUGACCCAAGUGUUUAUCUCAUGAUUGAGAUUCGGUUUUUCGUUUUUUCUUAGAAUGACAUACUAAGAUAAUGGCUUGUACAGGCCAGGUAAAGUGUCUGGAAAAACAUUCCCAAAGUUUAAGUGUUUGGCAGUGGUGUAAGAGCACAAGCACUGGUUGUGGAUGUAGCGGGGACCCAUGGGUUGAUAGUGGAGUGUCACUGCGUAUUGUUUCUUUUUUUUUUUUAAACUGUGUGGUAUCAUUGCCUUUUGCAUCAUGGUUUGAAAUCUAUUUAACUUAUUUAUUGUCAUUUGAAAGUAUAGCCUUGGAGGAUAAAUUGAGUCCAUAUGGUAUUUAUCAAAGCUAAAGCAAUACACUUAUCUUCCUGUUUAAAUUGUGAUCUCUGAUAUUAAUCUGGAAACAGUUGGGUUUGUCUCACAAUAAUAUAUUUUUGUUUAUUUUUACUGUAAAUAGGUAAAUAAUUUAAGAAAUUGUAUGCUAUUUAUUUCAAUUUUGUUUACUGUGUAUAUAUUAAAAAGUGGGAGUGCCUGACGAGGUCACGCUGUGAUUUCUUGUUUGGGAAGGGGACGUCAGAGGAUCAAUGGGCAUUUGUAGAAUGUAGCCUGUCUUGAGGUCUUUUUGACUGUAAAGAACUAACUGACUUCACACCUUAAGUAUGACUUCUGUUUUUGUUGUUUUUAAAUUAGCAACGAUAAAGACAACCAAAAAAGUAUUUGCACACAGUUAUGUAAUGUUUGCAGUCUACUGCCAGAGAAUGUAGCACUCUCCUAUCUCGAGGUUAAUAACUAGCUAAUACGUGCCUGCUGGGGUCAAAGAUCCCACAUAGUUUAACCUAAUAAAGCAGUUGCUUUGGUGUAUAUAAAGCGAAUUGAAUGUAGCUUUUACAUAGAUCAAGAUGCCUUUUUAUGGUGACUAAGAUGCUGUUUUGUUCUCUUUGUUUAUUUUUAGAUCAUUUGUUCACACCAUUCCCAAUGAAAGAUACUCUGCUUUCAACUGUACUUCUCAAAAUGUGCCAGCUUGGGACAUAAGGUUUUGAAGUUGGUUAACUAUUUUUAGAUGAAGUAAAACAACAUUGAAUGUAAUGAGUGAUAAGUCGGAUUUGGGGGGGGGGGGUGCUGUUGUGUAUACGAAGUGUGCAGAGUAAAUUUGUAAUGUUUUUAUAACAUUUCCCCUAGAAAAAAUUAAUAAAGGCAUUUUUGAACAAGA